AGCAGGCGGCUCUCGGGCUCCCGACUCUCAGUGCCGGGUGGUUGUCAAGGCGCAGUGGCUGUAGUCUGUGACUUCACGUCAACGCGGCUGGACAUUGACAGCUCUGCACUAGUUGGUUCGAUACAAGUAGUGCUUUUUCACCUGCACUGGGAUUUUUGUAUUUCAAAGGGGAAGCUGAGGACUCUUCGCGGUGUUUUCCUUGUGCUGAACUCAGCCUCUGGUGACACGGUGACAUCACACGAGGUGACGGACAUUCGGAGUGGACGGAUAAGGCCAUAGGAGGACAGAAGGAGGAGGACUGCAGUGUGUUUGAGUGGCGGUCGGGGUGACAGCAGAGCACAUGAGGAGCGGACACAGUCAGCGGAGUUCUGCUUCCUGACCCGAUACCCUGUGCUUUUUUCCCGCACCCACCUCCCCAUCUCCAGACCUGGGCGUCCCGAGUGAAGAAACCAACGCCCACUCCUACUGCAGGCAUGAGGUCCUUUCGUUCCUUCAGUAACGAUGACCGCCACGUCAUGGCCAAGCACUCAACCAUCUACCCCUCAUCUGCUGAGCUGGAGGCCGUGCAGACACUAGUGUCCACGGUGGAGUGUGCCCUUAAGCAUGUUUCUGAUUGGUUGGACCAGAGCAGCGGAGAAGUGUACACCCAGGUGGACAGCCAACCAGCAGAAAGCACAGAGCAGGAGGAGGCGGAGCCAAGUGAAGAGGCGGGAGAUGAGGCUGAGCAACCUGGUGAAGGAUACAGGGAGCCCAGUGGUGGCGGAGGCGUGCUGUGUGGUGUGAUGAGGAUCGGCCUGGUGGCUAAAGGCCUGCUGAUCAAAGGAGACAUGGAGCUGGAGCUAGUCCUGAUGUGCCGGGACAAACCCACACAGACUCUGCUGGACACUGUCUGUCACAGUUUACCCGCUCAGAUACAGAAGCUGACAGAAGAGAAAUAUGAGGUCAUAAGCUGUUUGCCCGAGGCCGCCAUCUUGGUACAAACAACGACAGAUCCCAAACUCAAUCUGAAGAUCACGCUCACCUCGCCUGCCAUGAGAGACGACCUGGAUGAUGAAGAGCUAGAGGAGGAAGAGGAGGAGGUGGAGGAGGAGGAAGAGGAAGAAGAGGUAGAAGAAGGAGUGAGGGAGGAAGAGGAGGCCGUGCAGGAGGAAGAGGAGCAGCCGGACAUGAACAAUGGUCUAGUGUUUGGGGCAGAUGCGCUCAGAGUGGAGGCUGAGGAGGAAGAGGGGGAGGUGCUGGAUAGACACAGAUGUCUGCUGGCCCUGGCAGCGCUGCGACACGCCAAGUGGUUCCAGGCUCGAGUGAACGGGCUCAAGUCCUGCGUUAUAGUUCUCAGGAUACUUAGGGACAUGUGCAAUAGACAUCCUGCUUGGGAACCUCUCAAGGGAUGGCCCUUGGAGCUUAUUUGUGAGAAGGCCAUAGCAACCUGUAAUAGGCCUCUGGGGGCCGGAGAAGCACUGCGUCGCGUCAUGGAGUGCCUGGCCUCAGGCAUUUUGCUGCCAGGUGGUCCGGGCUUACAUGACCCAUGUGAGAAGGAGCCCACAAACACUCUGGCCCACAUGACUGACCAGCAGGCCGAGGCCAUCACCUACAGUGCACAGCAUGCUCUCAGGCUUAUGGCUUUUGGGCAAAUCUACAAAGUUUUGGAGAUGGAUCCUCUUCCGAACAACAAACCCUUACAGAAGUUCCCCUGGUCAGAUAAAGAAGGCACAGGACUGAAGAGGCCCUUUGAGGACAGUAUGAUGGAUGACAAGGACCUCAUCAAGAAGAUGAAGAGAAACCUGCGGAAAGUCCUGGACAGCAAAGCCAUAGACUCCAACCAGCCAAUGAACGCCCUGAUGCGCUUGAACCAGAUCCGGCCGGGGCUGCAGUAUCGCCUGCUGUCCCAGUCGGGCCCGGUUCACGCUCCGGUCUUCACCAUGUCUGUGGACCUGGAUGGAACCAUCUAUGAGGCCUCGGGAUCGUCCAAGAAGACUGCCAAGCUCCAUGUCGCCGUCAAAGUUCUUCAAGCAAUGGGAUAUCCCACAGGGUUUGACUCAGACUUGGACCCCUUGAGUUCAGAUGAGAAAUCGGACGGAGAGGGGAAGAGUGAGACAUCCACACAUUCAAGCAAUAACCCCACACACUCCUCAGACAGUUCGAACACACUAGAGGUGAGAACUCAGGGUCCCAUACUGACGGCAAGUGGAAAGAAUCCAGUCAUGGAGCUGAACGAAAAGAGACGAGGUCUCAAAUACGAGCUGAUCUCAGAGAGUGGAGGCAGCCAUGACAAACGCUUUGUGAUGGAGGUGGAGGUAGAUGGACAGAAGUUUCGUGGGGCUGGCCCCAACAAAAAGGUAGCAAAGGCCAGCGCUGCUCUAGCAGCUCUGGAAAAACUGUUCUCUGGGCCCAACGCAGCAGCAAACAAGAAGAAGAAAAUCCUGCCUCAGGGUGUUUAUUCCCAGACGAAAAGUGCGUUGGCAGCAGCAGCCGCAGCCUCAGCAGUGGCAGCGCAGGUCGCCAGAGGACGAGGCCGAGCGGCUCUGGCCAGAGGGGCCUUUGUGAGCGCUGCAGCACCUGGUUAUGUCACACCAGGUUUUGGAACCCCUUAUGGCUACAGUCCUGCUGCAGCUGCUGCCCCUGCCUAUGGCGGCCUCUUCAUCGACAAUCCCUUCUACCAGCCGCGGACCCUAGCCCCUUUCAUCAUCCACCUGGGCCCACAGGAUCUCUUCUCCGACUUCUAGACUCUGCCCCACGGUGAAGCGGACUGGCCUCUGCUCUCAUCGCCCGCCUGGCAGACCGUGGACCGCCUUUUUAAUCCAGCUGAACCAUUCAAGACUAAACCUGACCAGCUCGUGGCCCGGUAACCACAGCAACCGGGCCUACUGACCAUGAUGCUUUUGAGUUUUGUUUUCCCUCGAGCAGAAUAUCAUGUCAGAGGGCCGGACUUUACCAGAAGCAAUACUUGGAAAUGGGGAGUACAAUGUUGCUGCAACCCUUAAUAGACUGAUUUCUGUCUUUCUUAUAGCAAUACAUGGAACUUCUUAUUAAGGAGAUGUGAAUGUCUAAUGGAUUUUACCCAACACAGCAUCGCAAUAUCUCAUUUGAUUGUAUACUCAUUGUAUGUGUGGUACGUGUGGCUAUAUACAGUACAGACUAUAAACACAUAUAUGUAUGGUGUAUGUUUCUAUAAUGCCGUGUUAACAAUAAUAUUACUAUAUGAUGUAUUUAUGUAAAUACGCUAUCAAAUCUUAUUAUUGUUGUUAUAAAUUAUUUUAGGAUUAUAAAGUGAAAUGUAUCUGUAAUAUCACAAUAUAGCUUUCUUCCAAUUUUAUAUACACUGAGCAAUUGAAGCUAGUCCUAGGAGAUGCAAUAUUUUUGUUGUUAUCCCUUUUGACCUCUGCUGUUAGAUGUAGACUUGUACAGGGAAGAAUAGUGGACUU